AUGCCGACCCCAUAUUCUGCAGUACCGCCCCCUUAUGUCAAAACCUUUACCGAAUAUCUCAGGGGCGCGGGCUAUUACUGCACAAAUAACAGCAAGACUGAUUAUCAGUUUACACCGCCAAUCACGGCUUGGGACGAGUGUAACAACACUGCGCACUGGCGAAAUCGUGAAGCGGGACAAUCCUUCUUUUCGGUCUUCAAUCCGACUGUUACGCACGAGAGCGGUAUGUGGGAACGGGAGGAUCGCCCGUUGACCACAACUACGAAUCCGGAUGACGUACAACUACCGCCCUAUCUGCCGGAUACACCGAAAGCACGGCAAGCGUUGGCACGUCAAUACGAUAACCUCGCCACUGCUGAUGCCCGCGUCGGUGAACUACUCGAUCAGUUGGAAGAAGAUGGACUUGCGGAGAAUACGAUCGUCUUUCUCUGGAGCGAUCACGGUGAAGGACUUCCCCGCGGCAAACGGUGGCCCUACGACGCUGGUAUUCGUAUCCCGUUGAUUGUGCGCGGGCACGAUUCGCUGACUGCUGGCAGUGCCAGUGAACAACUCGUGAGUCUGAUUGACCUCGGUCCAACGGUGCUCUCACUUUGUGGUGUGCAAGCACCGGAACAUCUACAGGGUCAACCCUUCCUCGGACCGGAGAAGAUGGAACGCGACUAUAUCUUCGCGACCCGCGAUCGCUACGACGAAUCUUACGAUAUGGUCCGUGCUGUACGUGACAAGCGGUAUAAAUACAUCAGAAAUUAUUAUCCUGAAAAGCCGUAUCUGCUCUGGAUUCCCUAUCGUAACCGGCACCCGAUCAUGCAGGAGAUGUGGCGGUUGUAUGCCGCAGGCGAGUUGGAGGGAGAUCAGGCGGUUAUGUUCCGUUGCCCGCGUCCGGCUGAAGAACUCUACGAUGUUGAAAAUGAUAGGUAUGAACUCAACAAUUUGGCGGGUGAUGUCGGACAUCACGACGUUCUGGAAAGGAUGCGCGGCGCACUGACACAGUGGCAAUCCGAUUUCGGGGAUAUGGGGGAUAUACCGGAAGAUCAGAUGGUUGCGACGUGGUACCCUGACGGAACACAACCUCAAACGGCGGCUCCAAUUUUUAUUCCGAUUAACGCCGAACACCCGGGUAUGGAGGUGGCACAUGAGGGUGGCAAGUGGACAGCCCCUCUCGUUUUGCAACUCCACUGUUCCACCCAAGGGGCAUCUAUUGCUUAUACAACGGAGCAGGGUGAUGAUACACGUUGGCAACUGUAUACCGACCCACUACGUCUAUCAAAAGGCGAAACCACCGUGCGCGCAAAAGCAAUCCGCAUCGGUUAUCGUGAAAGUGAAGAGAAAACGAUUCAUCUCGAAGUUUUAUAA